UAAAUAAUUCAUAUGCCGGGCUUUGUUUUGGCUUUGGGUAACAUGGACGUGCUAACCAAAAAUAUGAUUUGACACUAAAAUGAAAAGGCUCUUUGAUUAUUAUUCCUAGGAUCUGAUAGAGUUUUAGCUUGUGUUUCCUUACGAUGGCUAUUUCGAUACUUUUUAUCUUGGCAUUGAUAUCAAUUGUUCAGAGUUUUGGUUUUACCCGAAUCUACAAGGAUCAAGCAGAUCGCCGUCACAAUUUGUUCAAAAGGCUUGAGCGGGAAAUAGCUAACUCUGGAAAACGAGCUAGUGAAUCAGGUGAACCAGGUCUUCAGCGCGGAGAACGAGAAAGAAAACGACAAAUGAUUGCACCUGGAUACUAUCAAGCGGAAUGCUCAGAAAAGAAGCCGUGUAAAGCCGGAAAGUAUUGCAACCUUCUGUACUGCGAGGACUGUCACAAACAUAAGAUGGCAUGUUAUCAUAGAAACCAGUGCUGUAGCGGGAUGGUGUGCACGUAUGGAAGAUGUGAGAAGACUUCCAAGGGUGAUCCAGGAUCCUUCUGUGAGAAGGACACAGAUUGCAAAGGCGACGCAUGCUGUGUUCUUGAGCCCACGGUAAACUCCGUCAUCCCGAUCUGCAAACCGAAGCUUGACGAGUACCACCAGUGCGCAUCAAUACUUUAUCGGAAGAUCUGGGUCGGCGAAAAACCUGACUGUGGACCUUGCAAGAAAGGACUGGAAUGUACCCAAAAGGGAAUACUGGCCAGUCACGAGAUUUGUAUGAAACCUCAGAAGAAGUAACAGUUUAUAGUUCUCUUAGCUAUUUUAAGUAAUAACAUCUAAUAUAACAAUAUUUAAUCUCGUGGGCGGAUCUAGGAGGGGGGGGGGGGAGGGGCGAGGGUGCCCAUGCCCUCUCCUAUUUUCAGACAUUUGGCUCAAAAAUAACAAGAAAUAUAAGGAAAUAUACGAAAGAAGAAUAAGCCCGGCCCCCCUUUCUUGAAACUUUUUUACCUUUUUUUAAACUUCUGGAUCCGCCAGUGAAUCUCAAGUUUUUAUUAGAUAAAUUAUGCCAUUUGUAAAAAAGAGAAACACAACACAAGGAAGAACAAACUAACCAACAACACAAGCAGGAUUAUAAAAUAUGUCGUCGGAACUAGAAGGUUUUUGCGAGGGGGAGGCUGCUAAUUCAAGAAAAUUAGAACAGGCAUAUACAUUCAAAUAAGAUAUUUGAAGGGGCUCAUAAAUAAAAAAAAUAUUUUUUU